UUCUCUCAUAUCACCUUUCAUCUAUAACACCUUCUUUUCAUUUACUCCCACCACCAUAUUUUCACCAACCACCGCAAAAAUAAUGAACAUCAUCCCCCCACCACCACCACUAAUAUCCGCCGCCGCGGCCGCCACCACCUUCCCUCAAACGACGUCGUAUAAUAACAAUAACAAUAACAACGACCCUAUUAUUCCUUCCACUACAACUACAUCAACAUCAAACGACGUCGUUUUACAACACUCAUCACCAUCACCACCGCCUUCCUCUUCAAUAGUAAUAGUAAUGAUAGUCAUUUCCUCCGCCAUUAUCCUAACCGCCUCUCUCUAUUUUCUCAUCCGCUUCUUAUCACGUCGAUAUAACCAUAACCAUAACGACGUCGUUUCACGUCGUCAUAACGACAAUGACUCCACCGAUCACGUGCCACAUCACGUGAUUCCUAUUGACCAUAACAACAAUGCUGUUAUUUCGCUUCCGCUUUUCACCUUCUCUUCUCUCACCGGAAAAAUCGCUGCCGGUGAUUGUGCUGUUUGUUUAUCAAAAUUUGAAUCCAGCGACCAGCUCCGGCUGCUUCCGUUAUGCUGUCACGCGUUCCACGCGCCGUGUAUUGACGCGUGGCUUAAAUCUAACCAAACCUGUCCAUUAUGCCGGUCAUCUGUAAAUCCUAACGACGAAGAUGUAUUGAAACGGUUAGGUUCUGGCGUCGCCUCGAGCGGCGGCGGAAGUUUCAGAGUUGAGAUCGGAAAUGUGAGCAGGCGGCGAGAGCCGUCGGAAAGUCACCGGAGAUCUUAUUCCGUCGGUUCGUUUGAGUACGCUAUUGAUAAUGACGGUUACGAGAUUGCUGUGGAAUCGACGCACCGGAGAGAAGUUUCCGAAGAUAAGGAGGAUUUCACGGCGGUGACGGAACGGAACUUGGCGGCAGAGGUCGGAAGUGGACGGCGGAAUUGGUUGAGAGAUUACGUUGAUAGAGUUUCGGUUUCGAUAUCGUCACGAACGGCGUCUUUUCGUGGUGGUUCUGGAAGGUUCUUUGGUGGAAGUAGUCGCCGGAGUGAAAAUGUUGAUGAAUUUGAAGUGAAUAAUAAUGGCAGUAGUAGGAUUGGUGAAGAAAUCAGUGAGCUUUUCCGGUGGUUUUCAGGGGUAUAAUUGUAAAUUACUUUUCCUAUUUUUUUUUUCUUUUUUAGAAUAUUUAUGGAAAGUUUAGAAAAUAGAAACUUCCAUCUUUUGCUAUUGCCACUCUAUGGAUUUUGUUUUGGGGAGAGUGGAUUUAGCAAAGAGUGGGAAAUUUAGUUUUCAAAUAUGGAAAUUAUUUUAAUCCUUUUUAGUGUUGGUUUAACAUCGCAGGUUUAUUCUGUUUGGAUACUUUAUGUGGUGAUUUAUUUUUUUUCGUGGUUA